GCUAUCCUUUACUUCGAUUAUGCGCUUACACUGGGCCGCGAGGUGGAGCGUUUCUGGAAGGGACGCUUCUCUUUGGCGUCGUUCGUGUUCUACCUCAACCGAUAUCUAUCUCUGAUCGGACAUAUUCCUGUCAUUUAUGAGUUCUAUUGGGUAGAUGAUCAAUCUGUGAGCAUUCUACCGAUGUAUCAUCAGAUGCUCGCCGGUGUCACUCAAGUCAUCGUCGGAGGCCUGCAGUUGUUCCGAGUACGUGCCCUCUACGGUGGCGCGAGAUCCGUUACACUCUUUCUAUUUGCACUCUGCGUCGUGGGAUGUGCCAUCAGCGGGUGGUCAAUCAGCAAAACCUGGACCACACCCUCGCUGCUUAAGAAGAGUGUACCUGAUCUUGCAGUGGUCUGGGUCACCAUCCUUGUGUUUGACCUAGCGGUUUUCGCUCUCACCGUAUGCCGGAUCGUUCGAAUUGAACCGAAAUUGCGCGGGAGUCUCUUCACUGUGUUGCUGCGCGAUGGUGAGAGCAACUUACCCUUCGUACCUCCCUACAUUUGCGCUGACAUUUGA